UAAAAAGAGCUAACGUGUUACAACAAAAAUAGCCUCAUAUCCUGAACACUAGUCAUCCAAAAGGGAAGGAGUAUGGGAUCACAUGACAAUAAUGAGCUAUCAAAAAAGCCGCGUAUAUAAUAACAUACCUCCUGGCCGGCUAGCAGUUCACCCCGAGCACCUUUAGCUAUGGCUAAAGCCAAUUCAGCGAAGAUGUUGAGUAGCAUACUUGUGAUCGGCGGGACGGGGAUGAUCGGGCAGCACCUCGUGACGGCGAGCCUUGACGCCGGCCACCCAACGGCCGUGCUCGUCCGUCCUGCGACGGCCGACGCCGACGCCGGCAAGGCAAAGCUCAUCGAGGCUUUCCAAAGCUGCGGCGCCAGACUUGUAUAUGGGGACAUCAAUGAGCACGAAGGAUUGGUGGCUGCAAUCAAGCAAGCGGAUGUGGUGUUCUCGGCCGUCGGCCACUCCUCGCGGGAAGAGGUGGAGGGCCAGCUCAAGAUUGUGGCCGCUAUACAGGAAGCUGGCGGAGUUAAGCGGUUUCUACCGUCUGAAUAUGGCUGUGACGUGGAGCUAGCGGAGCAAAUGCUGGAGCCUGCAAGGAGCAUUUUAGGGGCCAAACGUCGAGUUCGUGAAGCUGUCAGAGCUGCAGGGAUCCCUCACACCAUCAUCUCUAGCAACUGGUUUCAAGGGUUCUUGCUGCCAAGGGCCGGAAACCCCGGAAGCAAACGGCCUCCGGACAACAGUGUAACUAUCUUCGGUGACGGAAAACUACAAGUGUUCUUUGUAAACGAGAAGGAUAUGGCCGCGGUGGCUAUAAAAGUCUUGGAAGACCCACGCACACUUAACAAGAUACUACAUUUGCGGCCUCCGAAGAAUCUAUGUUCUCUGGACAAGCUUGUCUCACUUUGGGAAAAUAAAAUUGGCAAGACCCUCAAGAAAACCUAUGUUCGUGAAGAAGAGCUCGUGAAGAAAGUGCAAGACUCCCCAUUCCCUCUGAAUUUUCAACUGGCCGUGGUACACGCGACGCUAGUGGCCGGGGAAGCAAAGCUGACUGAGAAGACCACCACCAACGGCGCAUCGUCUGGUGACGGGGUGGAGGCGACGGCACUGUACCCAGACAGGAACUAUGUGACUGUGGAGCAUUACCUGGAUAGUCUGCCAUGAUGGGCCGAUAGUGGGCCGUAUCCCAUAUGUGCCCGUGCAAACUCGUGCUGGGCAUUCCGCAUUCCCACUCCUGUUUGUUGUAAUGUUUGGAUGUCUUCUUCUACGGUUGACUGCCACGAUAUGAAUCCGUUUGGAUGGGCUAAAAUAGGAGAGUUAAGUUUAGCUCUAGGUGCGUAAAUAGGCUAAACAUGAGCUAAUCAAAGCUAAUAUUUAAUAAUUAUCUCAUGUUUAAUCCUUCUAUUUAGCACCAAAUACGAGGGCUAAAGUUUAAUGCUAAGAUCUAAACGGAACCUAUAACUAUGUUUCACGCUUGUGUUUUGAACCUUGGGAAAUACUUGC